AUGGAUAUAGAAGCCUGUGGGGGAGGAGAGGAAGGGUGGCAGACGCCGCGAAGGAUGGAAUGCCGGAUUCCGGCGGCUUUCCCGUGUCCGCCGCCGCCGAGGAAGAAAUCUCCGGUCGUCUUCGCGAAGAGAAGGGAGCCGCCGAAGAACGGGUACUUCCAGCCGCCUGACCUGGAGAUGCUCUUCUCGCUGUUGCCGAGGAGGGAAACCUCCUGCGCUUCCUGA